AGGCAUACAGAUGUAAGUUUAAUCCAGGCAACGGUCAGAGCUGGGAAGUGAAUAUGGGGUUGCCCUUUUGCUAACAUGCUGUAGUAUUGAGUGGAAUAUUUAGCGGGCCAGCACAGCUGUCAAGUUGGGCUUCGAGGGACAGAUGAAAACCUCCUGGAACUGUCUGUCAUGUUUUACUCUCUCCAUCUCCUUGUGUGGAUCUAUGCGUUUCCACUGUUGAAGCUUGGAGGCAAGAGGUGUUAUCUCUAGCACUGAGAUCAGCUUUAAAAAAGGAAAUUGCAAGACUCUUGCAGAAAUCUGCUUGUCAGCUCCUGACAAGCCUCUGAUUAUUAGAUAAAGCAAGGGGACACCCGGAUGAAUUAAGGAAAAACUUGCAGAGGGAGAUUACUUCAAGCCCUGCUUUUCUGAACUCUGGCUUGUGGAAGAAUUUUUUUUUUGGAAUUUCCUGCAUUGUGCUGGAAGUGUGUCUUAUGUAUGUGAAGUCUGCCGGGAUUGCAAAUUUUCUUCCUCACACCAGCGGAGGCAGAGAUGCUGUGAUAUUGUGCAUGGACUUGGACUUCAUUUGAGAGGAUUUUGUUUUCACCUGAUCAGCAGUCCUUCAGUGUUUGAAUACAUUCUGAUCUGCCCUCCCACCGCUCUGCCGUGCUUUUUUUUUUUACUUAAAACUGUGAGCUGGACGGUGACUUAAGCAAUUUCAUCAGACAGGUUGAAUUCGGACUAAUUGCGUCCUCCGUGGAUUCUCAGACCUUCGUCCUCUGAGAGUAUCUGGUAGUGGGUGAGAGGGUCAAAAAUCCAGGAUGCAGGUGUCAUUGGUGUGCACGGACCACCGUGGGGGGGUGAGCCGCACCACGGAAGACCGGCUAAACAGGCAGAACGCCAACAGCCCCAACACAGGCACCCGGAGCAAGUUCAGAGCUGUGGCGAUGGUGGCUCGCAGUCUUGGACAGCUCUCGGUCCAGAGUGUGCCAUCCUGCAGCGAGCAAAGCAUGAGGACUGGCAUGAAGUAUAGAAACCUUGGGAAGUCGGGCCUGCGGGUGUCCUGCCUUGGUUUAGGAACAUGGGUGACGUUCGGUGGACAGAUAACGGAUGAGAUGGCAGAGCAGCUGAUGACUCUGGCGUAUGAAAAUGGCAUCAAUCUGUUUGACACAGCAGAGGUCUACGCUGCUGGAAAGGCAGAGGUGGUGCUCGGAAACAUCAUAAAGAAGAAAGGAUGGAGACGUUCAACUCUGGUCAUAACAACAAAGAUCUUCUGGGGUGGAAAAGCAGAGACUGAAAGAGGUUUAUCCCGAAAACACAUUAUAGAAGGUUUAAAAGCCUCUCUAGAAAGACUGCAGUUAGACUAUGUGGAUGUGGUUUUUGCGAAUAGACCGGACCCUAAUACACCUAUGGAAGAAACAGUUCGAGCAAUGACCCAUGUGAUAAAUCAAGGAAUGGCCAUGUACUGGGGUACAUCCCGCUGGAGUCCAAUGGAAAUAAUGGAAGCCUACUCUGUGGCGCGACAGUUUAACCAGAUUCCUCCCAUCUGUGAGCAGGCAGAGUACCACAUGUUUCAGAGAGAGAAGGUGGAGGUGCAGCUUCCCGAGCUCUUCCAUAAAAUAGGUGUGGGGGCCAUGACAUGGUCACCACUGGCCUGUGGGAUCAUCUCAGGGAAAUACGACGGAAGGGUGCCUCCCUACUCUCGGGCCUCUCUGAAGGGUUACCAGUGGUUGAAGGACAAGAUCCUGAGCGAGGAGGGCCGGCGUCAGCAGGCGAAGUUGAAAGAGCUGCAGGCGAUCGCGGAGCGGCUGGGCUGCACUCUGCCCCAACUCGCCAUCGCGUGGUGCCUACGGAACGAGGGGGUGAGCUCUGUCCUUUUAGGGGCGUCCAACACCGACCAGCUGAUGGAGAACAUAGGAGCGAUACAGGUUCUCCCUAAGUUGUCGUCCUCCAUCAACCACGAGGUGGACAGCAUCCUGGGCAACAAGCCGUACAGUAAAAAGGACUACCGCUCCUAACACGCAGCAUGGCCCCGCCCGGCAGGGCUGCAGCAGCAGCAGCAGCAGCAGCGCCCCACCUUUGCCUGAUCCUCUGUUUGCUUGAGCUUUUACUAAGUGAGACCCUGGCGCAUGAGUCUGGCCACACCAAGGCCACGCAGGGCGCCUCAUUUAGAGUCACGGGGAUAAGAUGAGAGAAGGGGGAGGAAAAAUACAGUCACCUCCACAAGAAAUGAAGGGACUGACAGACGGACAAGAGCGGAUGAGGGAUAUGUGCUCAUACUUAAAUCAGUUAUACAGUCAAUUCAGCUGAACAUAUUUUAAAAACCAUAGAUAAAAAUACCUUCUUUUUUUUAAAUAAUAAAAAAGCACACGCUUGCUUGGCAGCCAGAUUUUAUUUUUUUUUCCUUUUUCCAAAGAUGAAUGCAACUAAAAGGAAGAUGAAGUUCAUACUGUACGAAUAUACGAGAACUACACAUUGUACCAUUUGUUCCUCGGACGUUCUGUUUACAAACUCCUGUCCAUCAAGUGUUCUCUGGAAGAAAAACUGUGUGUUUGUUUGUUUGUUUGUUGUUGACAUUGUCAGUGUAAAGCCUUCGUGUUGGCUUGAACAAUCAGCACUUUAGUAUUGUCAGUAUAGGUUCUGGAGGGGAGAGGAUGGGUAUUUAUAACAUAGUUUUAUCUCACAACCAUUGCACUAUUAGAAUUUCAUCGCCUCCUGAUAAUUCCCUCUCCUCAUCCUCCCUCUGCGUCUUCACUGGCAGUGAACUCGUCCAGCCUGAUGCUCUGACACUCCCGCUGUCUGAGUCUGAGAGGACAGGGGGUUGACGACGGCGCUCUGCCUCCGAGGCUCCUCCUCCUCCCCCGUCCUGACCAGUGAACUGUCCACGAGUAUCGAGUCAGGAGCGUAGGCUGCUGUGUGCGGGCGACUGCCACUGAAGACAUUAGCUGUUUAUUCGCCCCUAACAGGAGGAACUGCAGUCAUCCUAAAUCACAUGCAGUGUCCUGCCUCACUGUGUUACCGACCUCUGGGGGGGGGGGGGUGUUCAGGCUGAGGAUUAACUGUACAGGAAGUGGUCAUAUCAGUGCUGGCUCCACAUCUCAUGGAAACUUGUCCUUGAUCACAUUUUUUGUUCAAGUAUUUUUGCCUUAUUUACAGUUGCGUCAGACCGCGCUGCUCGACAGCCCCGUCCCCCUUUGGCCGACCUGUCUGGAAACGUUGGCCGGUGGUGGUGGUGGUGUUUGUGGCGAGGACGAGCUGGCGUUUCCAGUUAAUCAGCAGAGGGGCAGCAGCUCAGGGAAUCGGAGCAGGUGGCUUUAGUCGUGCGUAGGCGUGAAAACGGUCAGGAGGUUGUAUUUGCUUGUCCGUCUCUCUUUCGUGUGUUCACACUGGGGCCGCACCAGUGACAUUUUUUUUUCGCGUGGCUUCAGCCAAAGAUCUUCUUCUUCUUUUUUCUUCUCUCUUUGACGACACACCUGAGUGUUUCACUUUCACUUCCUGCGGGAGUAUAGAACUCAUCUUGACGCAUGUGCUGUCCACUUUGUUAUCUUAUCUAUGGUAUGGACUUAAGUCCAUGUAUAUCUUUACUUGACUGUGCUGUUACAGUAGUUAACAAAAGCCCUUCAUAUACAGAAUGCGUAGUUACAGCUCAACGCUUUAGGAUAGUGAGGUUGGAUUCAAGCACGACAUACACUUUGAGACACGUAUUUAUACGUAUGUUAUUCCAGAAUUUGACGCCACCCUACAGUAUAUCAUUCUCUCUCCUUUGGGUGCUCUCUUACUGUGAUUAAAGCACAAGUGGAUAGCAUGUGGUACAUCCUCACAGCAUGGACUCUCUUCACCCAGCCUUCAAUAACCGACGGGACGAGCAGGGUGAUGCUACUCCCCCUAACUAACACGUGUAGAUAUCGAUAACAAAUCUUUUACUAACAGCUGAAACUAUUGAUUCUUAGCAUAAAGAAGAAAGAAAAUACAGAAGAAGCAAAACUGUUAGUGCAAACGAUGAUGUGAACGGGACGUAGGUGCUUCUCGGUUUCUGUGAAGGGAAUAAUCAAAGUGAGCAUCACUGUGUGGGAUUUGUGAGGAGGAGAUCUCAACAGAAAACUGUCUCGACUGUUGAUCCCUUUUUUUGUGUGUGUGUGUGUGUUAGGGAGGGGGGACAACUAAACAAAUCCCUUGCUAUAGCCUGUUGUAUUAGUUGAUCCCUGUAUUGGUUUGCCGUGUCUUCUGUGUCUUUUUAAGCGGCACAAGCCGAUGCUGUUUUCUCAGAAGAAGAAAAAAGAAUUUCCGAUAAGCAAAGAAGAUUUAGUUAAUUAGUCUGUGGAGUUCCUGUGUCUCAAUAUCAUCAUCUGCAGCGAGCGGAGAGGCGAUUGAGACUUGAGGGCAAAGUUUGACAUUUUGGUUCAUAGAUUUAAUAUUUGCUUUUUUGCCAAGAGUAACAUGAGGAGACUGCAACCACUGUCCCGUCUGCUGGGUAGAUAUGAAGCUACAGCUGGCAGCUAACUCGCUAAUCUUAACAUAAAGCGGAGGGAGUGUGUGCUGUUACAAUCAGCCAAUGUUAAGAAUCAUUUCUCACGAUUUAUGAUUGAAUAAGGAUUGCAAUACAUUUCAGCAGAAAGUGAUUGUGUAAAAUGACAUUAUGACGACUUCUCUUUUCACUUAUGCGACACAGACUGAACUGGUGGAAGUCUCACACAUUAAAUGUGGAACUUGAAAAAGUAACUAAUCAGUAAAAUUACAGAUUAAUCAUAGAAGGAAUCUUUUUUUGGCGGUUUCAAAAUCAGGUUAAUCAGAAACUACGUUUAACUUUAUAUUCAUGAAGGUUAGAAUGAAUAUGCCAUAUUUUAGAAGAAAGACAAAAUUUCCAUGUUUCAGUUCUUUAAAUUUGUACAAGCAGCAAAGGUUGUUUUUGUACUAUUUAAAAAAAAGUUUUUUGUUAGUUUUGUAGCUUUAUGAUUAAUUAUCUUUAUGCUCAGGUAGCUGACCGCCGGACGUAGCUUCAUACCGAACAGACAGAAAUCAGUGUUAUCAAUCUUCUCAUCUAACUCUGGACAAGAUGGUCAACAAGCAUAUUCCCCAAAAUGUCUACUUUAAAUAAUAUAGCUGUACAUUUUAUUCGACCAUCUGUUAUUUCACUCUGCGCUGACUUGCCCAACAAACGCCGUGUGUGAAAUAACUUCAGUGUUUUAAGACGAGUGUAGUCGGUGGAAGUCUUGCUUUAAGAGCUCCUGGUUCCAUCGUACUCGCUGUUCUAACAUUAAUGACUAAGUUCAGAAAUGAAAACCAGACCCAUGUGGAUAGAGCUUAUUUUACAGAAGGUUAAAAGUUAUACAGAGAAUAUAUUUUUUAUGUUUUUUGCCUUUAAUGCAGUAGAAAAUCAAAAGAAGUUUUUAUUUAAAAAAUAAAAAUUCAUCAUGCUGCAUUUUUCCUAUCUGUAUUGUAUCAAUUUUAAGACUGAUAAAAAGAAGCAAUUUCUGUGUUGUGUAUGCGUUGUUAGGAAUGCUCUGAAGAGGACUUAGUGAGCGCCUGGUGUCUCCUGUACAUAGUUUGACCUCUGUAUAUAAUUCUGGUUGUGAUCACCUUUGCCUUUUCUCUUUUCUUUUCUUUUUUCUUUUGCAGGCGUUGCUACAGCACUGUGCUUGAAUCUGAACUUUAGACAGGAUGUACAGCUUCGAUCUUCAAUGACAAUGAAAUAAUGAUAAAAUAAGAAUGGUUAAAAAAAAACAAA